AUGUAUAAAUAUACAAAAAAAUUUAAAUAUUUGUCACUAUGUGAAGAAAGAGUAAAAUUUCGAAAUCGACUUAUUGAUAUAAUAAAGAGAAAAGUAUUGGAUGAAAAAGAAAAACAAAGAAGAGAGCAGAUAUUUUAUGAAUUCGAAGAAGAGAUAGAACAGGAAAUAGAAGAACAGGAUAAGGAUAUAAUUAUAAAAGACGAAAAUGAGAUUUUACGAUACUAUUAUUAUUUGCUACAAGGCAUCGAUGAUGUUUACAUAGGAUCAAUAGAUAUUAAUCUUUUGAAAAAUAUACUAAACCGUAUUCCAACCAAAUGGAAAGAAAUAUAUAAAAAUACUUUAGAUGGUUUAGUGAAAGAAGUAAAAGAUGAAUAUUUAUUCAGUAUAAAGAAAGCAGUUAUAGAAUUCGUUAUAGGAGAGUCGCCGUAUCCUUUGUUAUAUGAGUUUGCCGCAAUUGAGAAGUUUCAAUUUAAAGGAGUACGAUUUUCAAAAGAACAUGAAGUUCAAUAUCAUUGGAACAGAGCAAAGAUCGAGAGAAAGCUCAUGCUAUAUCAUCCUGUUAUACGACGAAUUUUUGAUCUUUGGCAUCGAGAAUUCAGUGACUGCAAGUUUUUAUGCGAAGUGGAAUUGGCAAACCGAGAAUAUAUUACGAAUCUUGAAGUAUUCGAGAGAACUAUUACAAAGAUGUAUCAUAAGAUAAAGGAGGACCUUUUAAAAUAUUGGUUACCAAAAAUUCAAGCGUUUUUCGUUACGGCACUUCAUCGAGACGAGUUACCACAUCGAAGUUCAGCAAAGUAUCGAAAAUUUUUUAAUUGCGUCGCUGUCAUCAUGGAAGAACAGUUGCGAGGACUUUUUUUGCGUUCGAUAGAUCAGUUUUUCAAUUAUCUUCACAACAAAAACCAAAUGCGUCGUGGCUUCGACAUAAAAAUAAUGGUGCGAAACGAACGGAUAAUAUUCGAUCCAACGUUUAGCAUGUUUGUGGAAACAUUUUCGACGAUAUUAAAUUUUUUGCGAGACUCUAUCAAUGUGUUUCCACGCAUUGAAACACUGUUGAAUGAAACCUUUGAUCUUAAUAAAAAAUUACUCCAGCCGUAUAUACCGGUAGAAUUUUUGAACAAGUGCAAAGAAGACAUCGAGCAGCUGAUCGAGAGGGAAAAGGUUGGCCCGAUCGAGCAUUUAAAAAGAUUUGAAAAGUAUGAGAAUUUUAUAAUCGAAUUGGAAUCGAGUAAAGUCGAAGAAUUUAAAAAACUCGAUACCUCGGAAAACUUCGAUAAAUAUCACGAUCUGAUAGACUAUUACGAUCGUUUGUCCCGCGAUGUGACAAUCGAAUAUACCGAAACUUACUACGCUGGAUUUUUCAUUCUACGCCGUAAAGAUAUUGUUAAAUAUAUAUCAAUGGCGGCGCAAAAAUUUAAAAAUAUGCUGAUCACCAAAAUGAUCAGCGAGUAUCAGCAAAAAUCUCGAGCAGUGGGAAAUGAAUAUCAACGAAUCGUGGACCGUGCGUUAACCGUUCCAGCGAACACGAAGGAAUUGGUGGAGCUGCGAAAAUUCAUACACACCACGGAGACAGAAACUAUUUUCGAGUUGGAAACUCGAUUAAGAGAAAUUAUUAAAUAUAUCGUUAUGCUGUCGGAUUACUCCCUCUUAAGCGCUGUCGAGCUUAAACUUAAUAAUUUCGCUUUUCAAUGGUUCGACAAGCUGCCGAAUAUUUUCGAGAAGCACAAAACGAUAGUAGCGAGCAAAAUUGGAGAAUUUCAAAAUACUCUUAAGAGGAAAAUCGAGCAGUUUACUCGGGAUCUCGAGCUGUACGCGAAAUAUUGCAACGAGUUACAGUAUUGGGGCAACAUAGACGAGAUAUUUCGAUACAGGGACAAAGCUAUAUAUUUGGAAAACAAAUUGAUCAUGGCGAUGGAUACGAUCGAUGAAUUUAACGAGGAAGAGGAACUGUUCGGUUGGGAAUUGUCCCAAUAUCCUUUGCGGAAAGCAACAGCCGACAAAUUGAUGCCAUUUAAAAGAUUGUACGAUAUAUCUUGCGACUUUUUAAACAACUACGAAAAAUGGAUGAAUUCGGUGAUAGGUUCUUACGAGCCGGAUGAGAUCGACAUGGAAACAGGAACCGCUUUUCGUACAAUCUACAGAUUGGAAAAGAUUAUACAAGAACCGAUAGCGAAAAGUCUCGCUGAAACCGUGCGGUUAAAGAUAGAGGAAUUCAAAGAGUACAUGCCUAUUAUAUUCACUCUUGGAAAUACCUCUAUGAAGAGCCGUCACUGGGAACAGGUGUCGGAAAUUGUCGGCUUUCCUAUAAAGAUCGAUGAGACGAUGACACUUGCCAAGAUUCUCGAUUUCAACUUGAUGGACUACGUCGCGAAAUUCGAAGCAAUAGCGGAAGCAGCCACGAAGGAAGGCACAUUGGAAAAAGCAUUGGAACGGAUGCUUCAUGAUUGGGAAGAGAUCUCAUUCACUGUUAAUCCUUAUCGCGAUACCGGCACCUAUGUAAUCGCCAGCGUAGACGAUAUACAAAUACUCUUGGACGAUCACUUGAUCAAGACUCAAACGAUGAAGAAUUCUCUUUAUAUCAAACCGUUCGAAAAAGAGACACUAGAAUGGGAGGCCAAACUGUUAUUGUUACAAAGCAUCAUGGAUUAUUGGUUAGUAGUACAAUCAACGUGGAUGUAUCUGGAACCGAUAUAUACAUCGCCCGAUAUUCAAAAGCAAAUGCCAGAGGAAAGCCGACGUUUCAGCGCUGUGGACAAAAUUUGGAGGGAAAUUAUGUCAAUUGUAGUGCAAGAUCCUCGAGUUUUGUCAGUCAUUAAAAUCGAAAAAAUGCUGGAAAAAUUUAAGAAAUGUACAAACUUGCUAGAUUUAAUACAGAAAGGACUUACCGCCUACUUGGAAAAAAAAAGAUUGUACUUUCCACGAUUCUUUUUCUUGUCGAAUGAUGAACUCUUGGAGAUAUUAUCGGAAACGAAAGAUCCCACCAGAGUGCAACCGCAUUUAAAGAAAUGCUUCGAAGGAAUUGCAGAAGUACAGUUCACCGAGUAUGAUUUUAUAAUAACAGCUAUGAGAUCCUCUGAAGGAGAGGAAAUUAUUCUUGAAGUCACUAUUGAUACAAUGGCUGCUCGAGGCCAAGUUGAAAAAUGGUUACUUGAACUUGAAUUUGCUAUGAAGAAGAGCGUUAAAGCGCAGGUAAUUCGAGCAAAGGAUGCGUAUUUAAUAGAGGUUAGGACGCAAUGGGCUUUACAUUGGCCCGGUCAGACUAUUCUCUGUAUCAGUAAACUUUAUUGGACAACCGAAGUGACAGCUGCGCUAUUACAAUCUUUACAAGCUGUGAAAGAUUACAUCGACUUUUGUACACACGAAUUGAACGAAAUAGUAAAAUUAGUACGCGGUAAAUUAACAAAACAGAACCGUGUAACAUUGGAGGCAUUGGUUACAAUGGACGUCCAUAGCCGAGACGUUGUAACUGCAUUGUACGAGAAACAAAUUUCUCAACCGACGAAUUUCCAAUGGUUGGCUCAACUAAGAUACUAUUGGAUAGAAGAUAAUUUAUGGUCAACGAUGAUAAAUACGUCUUUAAAAUACGCGUACGAGUAUCUGGGCAACACAUCUAGGUUAGUCAUAACACCGUUGACCGACAGAUGCUAUCGAACUUUAUUCAGCGCUCUAAGCUUGAAUCUUGGCGGUGCGCCCGAAGGCCCAGCUGGAACUGGAAAGACAGAGACUACUAAGGAUUUAGCUAAGGCUGUAGCCAAGCAGUGUGUCGUAUUUAAUUGUUCCGAGGGUUUGGAUUACAUAGCUUUGGGUAAAUUUUUUAAGGGAUUGGCAAGUACCGGAGCAUGGUCUUGUUUCGACGAAUUUAAUCGGAUCGAUUUGGAAGUAUUGUCGGUGGUGGCACAGCAAAUUUUAACGAUUCAACGAGCCAUUAAUGCUAAACACGAUUCAAUAAUUUUUGAAGGUACAGAGAUCUCGUUAGAUCCCACCUGUGCUGUUUUUAUUACGAUGAAUCCCGGUUAUGCUGGAAGAACCGAGCUUCCUGACAACUUGAAAGCGCUAUUUCGACCAGUUGCAAUGAUGGUGCCAGAUUAUGCUUUAAUCGCGGAAAAUACGUUAUAUUCGUACGGAUUUUACGAGGCACGACCACUCUCAGUAAAGAUCGUAACAGCUUACACGUUAUGCUCGGAACAAUUGUCCAGUCAAAAUCAUUACGAUUAUGGAAUGAGGGCGGUGAAAUCCGUUCUGAUAGCUGCUGGUAAUUUAAAAAUAAAAUAUCCGGAUGUGGAUGAGAAUAUUUUAAUACUGCGCAGUAUCAAAGACGUCAAUUUACCCAAGUUUCUUAGCGAAGACUUGCCAUUAUUCAACGGUAUCACAUCCGAUCUAUUUCCUGGUGUGAUACUUCCAGAGGCAGAUUAUACUGAUUUGAAUUCGUGCAUCUUCGACGCUUGUACAAUGUCCAAUUUGCAAUGUACACCAUGGUUUUUAGAAAAGAUACAUCAAAUUUUCGAGAUGAUGAUCGUUCGUCACGGAUUUAUGAUUGUCGGCUUUCCAUUCGCUGCAAAAACAGCGGCAUAUAAGAUUUUAGCUAGUGCAUUAACUCUUUGCGAGGAGAGGAAUUUAAUGGACGAACGUAAAGUAGAGACUUUCGUGAUGAAUCCCAAAGCAAUUACGUUGGGUCAAUUGUACGGAUUCAGUAAAGAUUUCGAUGUAUGUAUGGAAGAAGUUGUUAUGGGUACGUUAGAUGUGUACAAAGAAAGUCUAGCUAAUCUUUUACCAACUCCAGCCAAGUGUCAUUAUGUCUUCAAUCUUCGUGAUUUUUCCAAAGUGAUACAGGGCGUGCUAUUGUCAGUCCCAGAAACUACACCAACUAUAUCCUGCAUGAGGAGACUUUGGGUUCACGAGAUACUUCGAGUGUUUGGAGAUCGUUUAAUAGAUCAAAUUGAUAUUUCUUGGCUUGUGAAACAAAUACGCGUUACUCUAACGAAUCGAAUGCUCGUGGAUAUGGAUGAAUUGUUUGAAGAUCUUAUCAUUUCACGCGACAAACCUGAAUUAAUCACCGACUUAGAACUUCGGAAUUUAAUAUGUUGCGAUUUUGCGGACACGAAAGCGGAGAUACGACUUUAUCAAGAGGUUAAGAAUCUCGAAGAGUUGCGAGAAGUAGUAGAAAAUUAUUUGUCUGAAUACAAUACAGUAUCAAGAAAGCCAAUGAAUUUAGUCUUAUUUCGAUACGCUGUCGAACAUUUGUCACGAAUUUGCCGUAUUAUCAAACAACCACGAAGUCACGGGCUUCUUGUCGGAGUUGGAGGUACAGGAAGGCAAUCGUUAACUAGGUUAGCUUCACAUAUAUGCGAUUAUGAGGUUUUCCAAGUUGAAGUCGCUCAACAAUACGGAAUGGCCGCAUGGCACGAGGAUGUAAAAGCAAUUUUAAGACGCGCCACUGCCACUGAUCUUCAUUCUACCUUUCUCUUUUCCGAUACCCAAAUUAAAGAGGAAAGUUUCCUCGAAGAUAUCAGUAAUUUGCUCAAUUCCGGAGAGAUACCGAACAUAUUUAACAUCGAUGAACUAGCAGAAAUAUACGAACAAAUGAAACAAAUUGAUAGACAGCGGGAUCGAGCACUACAAACGGAUGGAAGCGCGGUGGCUCUGUUCAAUCUUUUUGUUGAGAUAACACGCGAUCAACUCCACAUCGUGAUAGUAAUGUCUCCUAUAGGAACUAAUUUCCGCAAUAGAAUCAGAAAAUUUCCGGCAUUAGUGAAUUGUUGUACCAUCGAUUGGCUUCAGCCAUGGCCGCCAGAUGCGCUACUAGCAGUUGCAACUAGAUUUUUAUCAGCGAUAGAACUUACGGAUAAUGAAAGAAGCGCUGGUAUCGAUAUGUGUCAAUACUUUCACGUUUCCACCGAAAAUUUGAGCAUAGAAUUCUUAAAUCGGUUAGACAGAUCGGUUUAUGUUACUCCAACUUCAUAUCUUGAAAUGAUAAAUACAUUUAAGUAUUUGUUAGCUAAAAAACGAGAGGAAAUAAUGAACGCGAAAAAUCGAUACGAACGUGGUUUAGAACAGUUAGACGAUGCGCAAAAACAAGUCGUAAUGAUGCAAGAUAUGCUUAAGUUAUUACAACCGCAACUAAUAACCGCCACUCAAGACGUUGAAAGGAUGUUGCUUGAGGUUGAAAAAGAAAGUCACGAUGUUGAAGAAUUUGAGAAAAUUGUAAAAAUUGAUGAAGCUGCAGCCUUGGUUUAUGCAAAUGAAGCGGCCGCAAUUAAAGCUGAAUGUGAUGCCGACUUAGCUCAAGCGUUGCCGAUUCUAAGACGUGCACAAAGCGCUUUGGAUACUCUGACAACAGCCGAUAUUGCCAUAGUAAGAGCAAUGAAGAAACCACCAGGAGGAGUGAGAUUAAUCCUCGAAAGCGUCUGUGUCCUCAAGCAAAUCAAACCAGAGCGAGUUCAACAACCUGACGGUACAUUUAUCGAAGAUUAUUGGAGGUCGUCCUUGAGAAUGUUGAGCGAUGCAAGAUUUCUCGAUUCGUUGCUCAAUUUUGACAAGGAUAAUAUCCCUGAUCAUGUGAUUGAAAGAAUCCGAAAACAAUACUUGACCAAUCCGGAUUUUGAUCCUGAAAAAAUAAAGAAAGUAUCCACGGCAUGCGAGGGAUUAUGUCGAUGGGUGUUUGCAAUGUCUGAAUACGAUAUAGUGACGAAAAUGGUUGCUCCCAAGAGAAAAGCUCUGGCACAGGCCCAGAGCGUUUACGACAAAGCCAUGGAAACUUUGGAAGCGAAACAAAAACAACUUCGACAAGUACAGGAAAAAUUAAAAAUAUUGGAAAAUCUUUUGGAAGAAAGGAGAGCAGCUUUUCAAGAAAUGUCCGACAAAGUAACGGAUUGCGAAACAAAAUUAAAACGUGCGGAAGAUUUAAUCGGAGGAUUGGGCGGAGAAUACAUGCGUUGGUAUGAAACCGCAAUAGCUUUGGGAGAAAGAUAUCAUCGAUUAAUGGGUGAUAUUAUAAUUGCUUCUGGUGUGGUUGCAUAUUUGGGUCCUUUCACAAUGCCCUUUCGAAUUCAACAAAUUAUUCUAUGGGUGGAACGAUGUACUAAUUUACAAGUGAUUUGCACUUCAGAUUUUCAGCUACGUGAUAUACUUGGAGAUCCAGCUUUAAUCAGAUCUUGGAAUAUUUUUGGACUUCCAAAUGAUGCAUUUUCCAUCGACAAUGGCAUUAUUAUUAAAAAUUCAAGAAGGUGGCCACUGAUAAUAGAUCCUCAAGGUCAAGCCAAUAGAUGGAUAAAAAACAUGGAAAAGGAGAAUAAUUUGAAUAUCAUUCGGUUAACUCAAGCUGAUUACGGACGAGCAUUAGAAAAUGCAUUGCAAUUUGGACAACCAGUACUCCUAGAGCAUAUUGGCGAAGAAUUGGAUGCUAUACUUGAACCUAUAUUACUUAAGGAAACAUUUAGACAAGCUGGUGCAAUCUGUAUAAAAUUUGGUGAUGCGAUUAUUGAAUACAAUGAUAACUUUAGACUCUAUAUCACUACGAGAUUAAGAAAUCCACAUUAUCUACCAGAAAUAGCAGUUAAAGUAACACUAUUGAAUUUCAUGAUAACACCAACAGGAUUAGAAGAUCAAUUAUUGGGUAUUGUCGUAGCAAAGGAAAGACCAGAUUUGGAAUCGGAAAAGAACAUUUUGAUUGUGCAAGGAGCCGCGAACAAGAAAUUGUUAAAAGAAACGGAAGACAAAAUUUUGGAAGUAUUAUCUGCAGCUGAAGGUAAUAUAUUAGAGGAUGAAGAAGCGAUAAACAUUUUAACAUCGUCUAAAAAUUUAAGUGACGAAAUUCAAGUAAAACAAAUGGUAGCUGAACAGACAGAAAAGUCAAUCGACAAAGCUAGAUUGGAAUACACACCUAUCGCAAUAUAUUCAACUGUAUUAUUUUUUACCACUGCUAUGUUAAUAAAUAUAGAUCCAAUGUAUCAAUAUUCAUUAUCAUGGUUCGUAAAUUUAUUCGAAUUGGCUAUUGAUCAUACAGAACCAGCGGACACUGUUGAAAAUCGACUAAAAGAUCUUACAAAAUAUUUCACCUAUUCUCUUUACGCAAAUGUUUGUAGAUCUUUAUUCGAGAAAGAUAAACUAUUGUUUUCCUUCUUAUUGACGAUCAAUUUGCUACAGCAACGAGGACAAAUUUCUCAAGCACAUUGGGGAUUUUUACUAUCGGGUGGACUCGCUAUCGAAAACCCAUAUGUAAAUCCAACAACAUGGCUACCGACUAAACAAUGGAAUGAAUUAUGUAAUCUUGAUGAUGUCGAGAAUUUUUUGGGUAUUCGAAUAACAUUUACUGAACAUACUAGAGAGUGGAAAGAAUUAUUCGACUCUAGAGAACCGCAAAAUGCGGACAUUCCUUACCCAUUUCACGAUGUUAAUCUAUUUAAAAGAUUAUUGAUAUUAAGAUGCAUUCGUCCUGAUAAGAUCAUUCCCGCAGUGCAAAAUUUUGUAUCAGAUGAACUUGGCGAACAAUUUAUUAUACCGCCACCAUUCGAUUUGGCCUCGUCUUACGCUGAUUCGAACAGUUGCAUUCCAUUGAUAUUCAUAUUAACACCUGGUACAGAUCCAGCGCAAUUAUUACUCUCGUUUGCAAAUGAACAAGGUUACGGCGUGAGUCGUCUUUUUUACAUUUCUCUUGGUCAAGGACAAGGACCAAUUGCCGAGGAAAUGAUUCAAUCAGCCGUCAUUGUUGGUAAUUGGAUCGUUUUGCAAAACUGUCAUUUAGCAAUUAGUUGGAUGGCAACUUUGGAAAAAAUUUGCGAAGGCUUUAUGCCAGAUACGAUCCAUCCAGAAUUUCGUUUGUGGUUGACGAGUUAUCCGUCGGAACAUUUCCCCUCAUUGGUUUUGGAAAGCAGUAUAAAAAUGACCAACGAACCACCUAAAGGUCUAAGGGCUAAUAUUAUUAGAUCGUACUUGAGUGAUCCAAUCAGCGAUCCGGACUUUUUCGAAUCUUGCUUACAAACCGAGUACUUCAAAAAACUUCUUUAUUCCUUGUGUUUCUUCCACGCUGUGAUUCAAGAGAGAAGAAAUUUUGGUCCGAUUGGUUGGAAUAUUAUGUAUGAAUUCAACGAGACCGAUCUUCGAAUCAGCGUUUUACAAUUACACCUUUUUCUCAAUGAAUUCCCGGAUGUGAGAUUUGAUGCACUCAAAUAUUUGACCGGAGAAUGCAACUAUGGUGGAAGAGUAACGGAUAGUUGGGACCGCAGAACUUUAACUACCCUUUUGACGAAAUUUUAUUGCGAGAGGCUGCUUAUUGAGAAGCGUUAUUAUUUCGACGAUACCUCAACGAUUUAUUAUUGUCCAGUUGUAAGGGAAUAUGAAGCUUUCUUGGAAUACACAAGGAAUUUACCUUUAAUUACGCCACCAAGUGUCUUUGGUAUGAAUGAUAAUGCGGAUAUUAUUAAAGAACAACAAGAAACGGAUCUUUUAUUCUCGUCACUUCUAUUAACUCAGGAUCGUUUGGAUCUCUGGCAAUUAAAACAGGAAAGAAUUAAAACCGGAACAGGAGAAGACAUAAAUAAUGAAAUAGUGCUUAGAAUGGCGAAUGAUAUUUUAAAAAAAUUACCGGAAGAUUUUAAUAUUGCAGCAGCGCUCAGAAGAUAUCCAAUGUCUUAUAGACAGAGUAUGAAUACUGUAUUAGUACAAGAAAUGGGAAGAUUUAAUAAACUUCUUGGCUAUAUGAGAAUGAGCUUGGAAAAUAUCAUAAAAGCUAUAAAAGGUCUUGUCAUUAUGUCAUUUGAACUAGAAGAUGUUUAUGACGCAAUUUUAACUAACAAAAUACCUUGUUUAUGGAAACAAUAUUCAUAUCCAUCUUUAAAACCACUUGGUAGUUACGUACUUGAUUUAUUAAAUCGCAUAAUUUUUCUUGAAGAAUGGUAUGAAAAAGGACCACCGGUUAUUUUUUGGAUGUCAGGAUUCUUUUUUACUCAAGCAUUUCUAACAGGAAGUAGACAAAAUUAUGCUAGAAAAUAUCAAAUUCCUAUAGAUCUCUUGGUUUUUGAUUAUCUCGUAUUAAAAUACGAAAGAGCACCCUCGGUUCCUCCUGAUGAUGGAGUAUACAUAUAUGGAUUGUUUUUAGAUGGCGCUAGAUUUAAUAGAGAAAAAAUGAUUUUAGAUGAAAGUUUUCCAAAAGUACUUUACGAACCUAUGCUUCCUAUGUGGUUUAUACCUAUAAAAAAAGAAGAUAUAAAAGAAAGAGCAAUAUAUACAUGUCCUGUAUAUAAAACUUCUGAAAGACGAGGAGUUUUAUCUACCACUGGACAUUCAACAAAUUUUGUUAUCGCUGUAUCUUUACCUACAAUAAAAUCAUCAGAACAUUGGAUCUUGAGAGGAGUAGCACUACUUUGUCAACUUUCUGAAUAAAUUUUUCAUUUUUUUCUUAGAUUUUUCUUAAU